AUGAUUCCAUCUUUUUUUUUUACUUCCCGCCAAAACUCUAAAUCUCUCUAUUUUUCUUUCUCUCUCUCUCUCUCUCUCUCUGUCUAUUUCUCUCUCUUUUUCUUUCUCUCUCUAUGUCUAUUCCUUUCCCUUUCUUUCUCUCUCUCUCUAUGUCUAUUUCUUUCUCUCUCUAUCUGUCUGUCUUUCUCUCACUUUCUCUCUCUCUAUAUAUAUAUAUAUCUUUCUCUCUCUUUAUCUCUCUCUGUCUCUGUCUCUCUCUAUAUAUAUAUAUCUUUCUAUCUCUUUCUCUAUCUCUCUCGUUCUCUAUCUCUUUCCUUCUCUAUCGCUCUCUAUGUCUAUCUAUCCCGCUAUCUCUCUUCACCUUUCUACCCGCAUAUCCAUACCAAUAUAUCUAUCUAUCUUUCUUAUUAUCUAUCUGUUUAUCUAUUAAUUUAUUUAUACCUAUCUAUCUAUCUAUCUAUCUAUGUACCUUCUUCAUUAUCUAUCUAUCUAUCUAUCUAUCUAUCUAUCCUUGUUUAUAUUUAUGUAAAUCUGUUCGUAUCUAUCUCUCACUAA